AACAUCAUGACCGAACCUCUGCUCAUCAAAGCGAUCUACACCCGCAGCGUCCGGGUCAUCUCCGUUGAUGAUCCGCCCGCGGUCGCCGCCAAAGAUGCCCUGUUGCGCAUGAUCGGCGCGCGAUUCGGGAUCAACGAUACGGAGAAUGUGAAGCUUGUUGUUGAGGAGGAGACGGUUGGGAGGAGGGAUCAGAAAGUUUUGGGUAGCGAUGCGUGAGUCGAGAUCUCCACCUACAUUCAAAACGCACAAAGCAGCGGCCGUCCGCUCCGAAUCGCCCUCAUCGACAGAAACGACGAGACCGACAUGGAGCUGGACGUAGACCGCAAGUCGGACGCGGGCUCCGACAGCUCUACCGAAUUCUUCGUCGUCACCGACGAGCAUUACGCGCAAUCCCUUCCCGACGGCGACGAAGAAAAGACCCCGGCCGUUGAUGAAACUGACGAGUUCGAGCAGCGGGGCAGCGAAAUGGUCGUCGUGGUCGAACAGCAGUUGCAUGUUAAUAGCAACCUUUCGGGUGAUGAGUCUGCGGUGCUUAUGGAGGAGAUGAGCCCGGAUCAUUCGGUGAUGGACUUGAAUAGGUCCUGCCUUGAUAUAAGCAGCGUGGCUUCGUCUGUUGAACAUGUUGAUGACAACGCUCUUGAUGGGGAGGUGAAGGAGGCGGUGAUGGAGGAUGCGGCGGACGAUAUGAUUUAUCGCAUUGGCAUUAUGCAACUUGCCCCCGAGCGAGUCGACAGCGGGGCCCAUUUGGUCGAUGCCAAGGCCGAGAAGCCCGAGGAGGUCGAGAUCAAAAAGGAGGAAGAAGAUACCGUGGCGGGCGUCAAGAAAGAAGAAGACACCACAGCCGACGACUCCGCAUCGUCCCCUCCGCCCAAUUCAAAUGAAAAUCAAGAGACCUACGAAUCUUUCGUCGGGUCGGUCGAACCCAUGAUCAACGACCUCUUGACCAAACUCGAGAGCCGCCCGGAGUACAUCCCGCGCAUGUUGGAGCGAUUUGGGCAAUCGUUGCAGACCAGGAACUGGGGGUUGACUAUCAUCGACGAUUCGGGUGCUGUCAACAGUACCCGCACCGUGCGCGGUCGCGAUUUCGUUGGACCGCCGCCGGCCGAGCCUGAAGAAACACCCACCGCAACCUCCUCGUUCCCGGGCGGUCCCAGCACCGCCGCCCACGAGCCCUCACCCACCACCCACCGCCACCAACCCCCACCCCCUUUCAAAUGGCGCAACGUAAUCUGCGACGGCUGCGAAACGCGCAACAUCUCCGGCCCACGCUUCAAAUGCGGCACCUGCCCCGACCUCGACCUCUGCGAGCGCUGCCACGCGGAUAAGGGCGUCGUCGACAUGGUGACGGUUACCCACCGCGAUCAUGAAGAUCGCCAUGCGUUUGUGAGGUAUGAGGAUGAUACGGAUCUGUGGAUUGGGAUUACGUGUGAUGGGUGUGGGAGGAGGGCGUUUGAGGGGGAGAGGUUUAGGUGUGAGGAGUGUGCUGAUUUUGAUUUCUGCGCAACCUGCCGCGCAACCGCCCUCCACAUCCCCUGGCACAGCUUCCGCCGUCUGUCCCACCCGUCCGUCCUUCCGCACCGUCGACACAACCGCCGUCACUCACGUCGUUCGUCUGCUACACCGCACCUGACGGCUUUGCUCAGCUCCGAGUAGGGGCGUGAGCCGGUGAAUAUACCCUUCUUCUCGCCGGCCCAGCAACGGAGAUCUGUUCAGUUCGAUCUAUGUGUUCUUCGCCAUUU